CUCUACAGAUGAGAGGAAAAGUGUAACACAUUCUCAUAACAAACAUUGGCGCGUUUGUGUGUGAGUGUAUUUUGCACUUGGGAAAACUCUUCAGGAUCCACUUGAAACGUUAGCUUCCUUUGAUUGUUCUCCUGAUGGCUCUCUCUCUCCUCUCCUUGUGUUUGCCCAUCUGCUCCUUUCGAACAGUUUUAUUCUCUCCCUCUCUCUCACACACAGGUACACUCUCUGUUUGGUAAUUCUCACCGAAGGAAAAACGGAGCUAUCCAUGCAUUCGGUGCAUGGUCGGCGAAGAAAGUUCACAGUUCAAGCGCCAACACGUAGCGCAACGUACGCGCGUGCCGUGACAACACUCCAGGGCUGAACAUACAUACACACAAAAACACACACGCACACAAUGACAGAAAGGCAAAACUAGUGUCCUAAACCAGAGUACAUCAUCGAAAUCACAUCGAAGUGAAUCAUUCAAAAUAAAAUAAAAUAAAAUAAAAAAAUAAAACUGAAGCUGCUGUACACUACCCCCAAACACGAAUCGGCGGCGCACUUUAACCCCCGCCGCGUGCCAGAGGUCAAUCGGUGUGCUUUUACACAGACGAAUCGAGUACACGCCACAGUAUCAACAAAGUAGAGUAUCUACAUAUCUGCUCCAUUGCUGUGCGUAAGCCUCGUUUGUUCAAGUUAAUGCCUUUAAUGCUUGUAGUAGAUUUUCGAUGAGAAGGACAUUUCGAGACCACAAGAGCUGUGUAUUGCAUCUUUUUCUUCGGAAGAUGUGAUAGAAGUACUAUGAAAAAGGCCAUAAAAAUCAGAAUUUCGUGGGAUAAGUAGAAAGACGAGUGUGUUACGUUAUGGUUCCUGUGGGAAUAAUGUGACACGGUACAAAGUGCUGGAAGAAUUUAUGUGUAAAAAGUGCAAUAAAGUAAAAAAAGUGUGGUAGCGGGCAUGUCAGAGUUUGUCGGCCAAAGCUCUUCUUGCGUGCACUGUGUGUGUGUAUAUAGAGUAAAUCUCGGUGUGUUACUUAAUCAAAUGCAUACGUAAUCAGGUCGCCCAGCUCAAGCUCUAACGCCUCUACUAUUAGUGAAAGUGUGUGUGUGCCCAUGUGUGUGCCUUUGCGUUCGCAAAAGUGAAUGUGAAAAACAGGAAAAAUAAGAAAUUACAAGAAAAAAUAUCAAAUCAUCCGCAUACAACUUACAUCACUCAUCCUACAAACUUUGAAUAUCGAAUACGACACACCUGAGAAGCACAGCACCGCCUAGAAGUUUCCCAAACAACUCAGCCAUACCUACUACUACAAAAAACACACCCGCCGCCCAUCGAUUUCACCAGCCAGUAUCGUGUACCGUGUGUUUGAGGUUCUUGCUCUGACGUAAUUCCGACCAAUCUCCUCGCUGGCACUGGAUCCGGGCGACAAAAUGAAGCGGCACGAUACCGAUUUAUGACUCGUAAACCACGGCUCGGACAGCGGCUGCAAGUACACCGUGACGACCCGUUGCCUACCCGAAGCAUCGACGAUAACCACCUACACUAUCAUAUCCACACCACCAAGGACACCGACCACAGGCCCAGCAACGUCCCCACAAGAUCCACAAUUGUCACCACCAACACCACCACCGACCAGCAGCAUUAAUUUGCCGAUCACUUCUGAUACACCGAACCGAACAACCUCCGAAGAACGUGCAGCAGCGGCUGCAGCUCCGAACUCUUCGGACGAAUCACCACCAUCACGCAUCAGCCCCCAACAGGCGGAAGACAAUAAUAAGUUGGACUGCAGUGAGCGCUUCGAGCGGCGUAGAAACUCCUUUUUCGAAAGCAUUCGAGCAGUAGUGGUACGUGGCACCAACAGCAGACACCAACAACAGGCAACGAACCAACUCGACACGGAAGAAGGCAGCGACGAGCUGCAAUCACUGCGUGCGCCAGCAGCAUCAGCUUUGCACUAUCACCAACGGUCCAACGUGGAUUUUGGACCCACCGACAGGACGACAGCAACGACGGCCGCCAAUAUUACUUCCACCGCAAACAUCGCCGCCACCACCACCAUCACGUCGGCGAACAGUUACUCCCGGAAUAAGUCGACCACACGCAGCUGGCCCGUGAUACAUCGUAACAAUUCCUACUACCGCUACCAAACAUCUAGUGGCAGUGGCGGCGGAAGCGGCGGUGGUGGUGGUGGUGGUGGUGGCGAAAGUGGGACUCAACAGUCCUCCUCCGCUCACCGGCGACAACCAUCAUCGCAUCAGCACGGCUAUCUACAGUACGACUACGAUGCACCCCUGCUGCAGUACGGUGGCGGUGGCGGCGGCGUAAACUACUACCCGCCCAAUGAUACGAACAACAACACGCUGGGCAACGAUUACCAUCUGCUAGCGAGCGGUCACCACUACCCACCACCGCCGGACAAGUCUCCCAGCAUUGACAGCUGCUACUACUAUCAGCACUACAGCACCAGCAUGCAGCCAUCGGCGACGACCACCACCAUCAUGGCCACGACCAGUACGGGUCCGGGCGGCACGACGACGACGACGGCCAGUUCCGGAGCUGCCGCACCCAACCAUCCACAGACACCGUCCGGCAAUGGGACGUGCUGCUCGAUACCGCCACCGAUCAUGUUCCUCUUCCUGACGCUGCUCAUGACGUCCAGUGCGACCGCGAUGUUGUGCGCCGCCAUCAUGACCGAUCACUGGGAGCACGUGUCCUGGGACCGCAACAGCCUCGAUCGCAUCAGCAACGAAACCGCCAUCGAGCUGCACUGGUACCUGGACGGCCGGGCGGCAAAGAUUCCGCUCAAGGGCAAAGGUUUACCGAAGCAACAACAUCCUCAUCAUCAUCAGCAGCAGCAGCAGCAGCAGGUUGGACAAAAGAGCGGUGGGGCAGCGACGAACCCGGUGGUGACGGAUAAUCGGGCCGGCGUUUUUCUCGUACCGAUGAACGGUGGCAUCUGGACGCUCUGUAUCGAUCUGACGGCGGAGGAGAUCCGGGAGAUGUCGAACGAUGGCUUUCCGCAGGUCGAUCAGUGCGUCAACUAUCUGGCCGGCACGAUGGAGAGCGCACAGGGCAACGAUGAGGAUGCGAGGGCCGAUUGGCAACACAGUGAGUCCCAGGCGUCCUUACAUCCGCAUUUAAGAAUGCAGAAUCUAUCGAUUUCCUGUUCGCUCGUGUGCCUCAUCAUACUCGGUAGCGCUGCCCUGGUGGGCGCUUUCGGUGUGUGCCAGCGCCAAAUCAGUGCCGUACUGGUGACGGGCGUAAUGUACCUGCUGGCUGCGCUCUUCGCCCUAUUCACUCUGAUGAUAAUACACUUCAAGCGGCAACAGGGCCGGCCCCUGCUCGAUAGCGACUUCGACGGCACGAUCGACGGUGUGGUCGCCAUCAAGGGGACGGCACGGGCCGCAUCGAAAUUCCUGGGCGCUCGCAUCUUCGUCACCGCCUGGAGCCUGGAGCUGGGCUGGGGCGGUGUCGUGCUGUGCGUCUUUACCUCCUUCCUCUGGAUUCUGCUGUCGAAAAUCAUGCGCUUCAAUCCGCUGUCGGCAAUGAUUUGAUGAUUCAAAUUUAAGUUCAACAAGGUCGCCGUUUACAGUGUAACCUAGUAGUAGCAGGACCCUGCAACACGCUCAAUGUGCGACCGACCGACCGACCGCCGAUCUCGACCUCCCCCCUCCACGGUGCAGGACUCCAGCCAGCCAGUGCACCGAUCCGGUGAUGAUUUCUAUUGAUCGAACUCAAAUCGAGCUGUUCAAUGUAGAAUAGCUAUUAUCAACAUGUGGGGGGGAAAUGAUUUCCCACGGUGUUCCUCACCACCCCCCACCAGCCCCCACCAGCCAGGUUCGGUGGGGCGCAUUUCUUUGUGAUAACAAACUAUUCCAAUCAUCGCACAAUUCUCUCCACAAUGCUUCAGCUUCGUCUUCAAACGGCGUGUGUUGAACGCACUAUUAUAGGAUAACUUUAGGAAAUGUUUCCGAUGUUUUCAAACAACAACAAUAUAUCAUUGUAGUUUACACGCUUAUACACUUUUUACGCGCCCUUUUUACAUUUUUCAUACCCUCCCUCACACUAAUAUGCCUUUUACAAGCUACUCACACUCGUUUUGCGUGAUGCGUUAGAAAAGUUGUUAGAAAAGCUUCGGGAUUUUCUUUAAGCCAAGCUUGAUCAUUAUUCUAAGAAGAGACGUUUCUUUAACGUCAAACGUAGUUUUAGGCUCCCCGCUUGCGAUAUACCUUUACGGAAAACGGUUAGACGGUUAAAAUUCGUUCGUUCAAAGCAACGCUUACAUGUAGAAGUAAUACUAUUAAAUAAUUCCGUACCACCUAUUGCGCUAAUUUCUAUAAAAAGAAGAAAAGAAAUUGAAUCAAGUAUUGAAAGAGAGAAACAAGUAGAGAUAGUGAAGCGAAUUGAAUGGUAGAGUGGUGGAGCAGGAUCGAACGAUAUCGUACAAUUUCAAACACGUUAAGAGAAAAUCAAACAGAUGGUGGUGGCAUGCGAGGCUAUGGGUGAAAAAGAACCAAUUCAAAUGUAAGAAAUGCACAACUGCUACUCAAAAACUGCUUCGCGAACCGUUAUUGUCGUCGUGGUGAUCGGUAGUAAUCUUGAGCUACGAACCAUUGCUGGUAAAAUGGUAACAAACGGAAAGGAAGCUCGAUAGAGACUGUAAGCAUCAUCAUUACACAUCCUACAUACAAUACCCACACACAUACACCAUUGAAGAGGCAUACGGAAAGCGAACGAACAUUAUUCAAAGUAUUGGAACCACACACGAGAUUAACUCCUAUAUAGGGGGGGUACAUCCUUUGAAUGUACAGGAAGUAAUGUGUUAACGAAACUCAUUUCUAAUCAAAUAUCUUAGUGCAAUGCUUUCAUUGCCCGCCAGCAGCAGCAUUAUACUAGAAUAGGAAGGACGCGUUUUACAGUUUUGGUUGUCUUUCUCUUGCUCACAUGCCGCAGUUGGCAAGAACAUUGCUUACACUUGACCCGCAGGCUCAUGUGUAGGAGCAGCUGUUUCUUGAUAACGAUAUUGUGGUUCGACGUCUAAUUCCUCCGACCCGGAAAACACAAGAGCGUGGGGAUGCGCGUUCAAUUCGGUGCAAACACUCCGAGCUUAAAAACAGGCAUUAGGUUCACAACAAGUUUUAAACGCAACUAUACAGACAGAACACAUACAUAUAUAAAAUCAGAAACCAGCGACCAGAACCCGGACCGGUUCCCCGGUAUACAGAGCAUGCGAGCAUGGGAACGGCCCUAUCCACCAGGGAUAGAAGAACGGAAAUACAAUUAUCGAUAUAGUUUAUGUAAAAGCUUUGCCUUAUAAAACGUAAGUGGAAACAAACAAAAAAAAACCGUGGUGCGAAACCAAAAGAUUCUCUAUAUAUACAGAUAUAUACAAGGAUAUUAAUUAUACAAAAUAUUAACUUCUGCGAAACUUGAUGCAAAAGACAGAGAGAGAGCGCGCGCGCGAGGGCUUUAGGAAUAAAACAGAAAAAAUAUAGAAGGAGAAAGAAAAUAUCACACCAAACGCUUCGGAGAACGGCAUCGCUUCAAUUCCAACACAUCAUAUCCGAAACGGGACGGGAACGGCGCAAUUGUUCAAUGUCUUUUGUUCUUUGUGUGGUACAUGGAACUUGAUUUUGGAUUCUUGAGAAAACAGUCCUCGAUGCGCUGGAAUCUUCCGUUCGAUGAAUCUUCCAAUGAACCCUCUUCUUGGUGGAUUGUUGCUCCGGAGAGGAAAAAAAACAUACUUUCACCAAUUGUCUAGCUUCUUUUCCAGCGACAACCUGUCGUUCGCCAUACCAAGACCAUUUUAAGCCCCUUCUUUAGAUCACUUACUAAAAGAAGAUGAAUCAACUUAAUCGGCAGCUUUAUGAGCUACGGUAGAAAGCGUCAACAGAUCAAACGAUCUUAAGAUCGGUAAG